CAUAUAACAUCAUCAUCACAUGUUUUUCAGAUGUGCCUCCUCUCCCUGCUGAACCUGAGACAUCCGCUCCAUCGUUGCCCCCUGCAGUCAUGGAGACGACGCCCACAAUCGGGUACUGUCCGCUGCCUCUCUACUACAACGGAUUCACCUCCUCCUCCUCCUCCUCCUCCUCCCACACUCACCAACUCCACUGACUGCACUGAACCAGAGCCGAGCCGCGUCCCCUCUACGUGGACUCCAGAGCAGGGUCCACCGCCCGCUCCCACUCACUGCUGCAUGAGCGGCUGUCAUAACUGCGUGUGGAUCGAACACGCAGAGCAGCUGCUGGAGUUCUACUCCGACGGAGGGGAUCGGGCGCUCGAAGCAAUCGAGGAGAACGUCCUCGAUGAGAACCUUAAAACGUAUCUGAAGAUGGAGAUUAGACUCUUGAAAAAAUAAAUGACUGACGAUUUUACUACUAACCUACUCAGAAAGAAGGUUUCACUGACAGACUAUGAGCUCCAUUUUCACUUCCUGGUCCUGUGAGUCACACAGUUCAUUGUCUGAACAUAUUGGUUCACAUGAAGGUUAAGGUAGCUGAUGACUUCCUCCAAAGCUCCUCCUGCUCUGUCUGGAGUUAUUGGUAAACAGUUUUAAUCAUUACAGUUUUAAAAAUGUAGAAAUAUGGAAGUGUUGUCCAUCAGUUAUUAUUUUAUUUUAAGUAUGCACAUCUUAAAUCAUCGUCUCAUGGAAUAAACAAGCGCACACAUGGAGUGGAAGAGAGUCGGGACAGGGUCUUUAGGUCUAGAGCUCUGAUUCAGUAUUCUGUGUGAGGUGAUGAUUCAUUUUAAUGUUCCUUUUAUCAUGAAGCACUUUUGCACAUUUCUUUUAUUUAUCAUGUGAUUUAAAGUUUGAACUGAGCAGUGAAAGUACAUUUUUAUGUGACUGAUUCUUAUUAUAUUAUAAGGGUGUUCAUUUAUGUAUUUCAGAUUUAUAUUCAAGAGUUUGUUGAAUAAAUGUUUUCUCCAAAACGA